AAACUGGCCCCCCUACCCUUAUAGCUCCUCCUCUGCCUGGGUGCCCUUUCUCUGGGGCUGCUCCAGACUGUGCAGGCUGCCUCCACUCUCCCUGUGCAUCCCUCUGCCCCUAAGGUCGGGUGGGGACAGGCUGGGGCCACCAGCCAGCUCCAUGGACAGAGAUUUUGCUUCUGCUCACCUUCCAGCUUUGGAAAGGAAAAAAGGAAGAUCUGUGUUGAUUUGCAUUUGGGAGAUCCUACCCCCUCCUAAACUUCUGGGGGCGAAAAAGUGAUUUGACCUUGGACUGACUGUUGAAGAAGGGACAGAAAGAGCCCAGAACAUUCCCCCAGAUGUUCCUGCUGUGACUUCUCCCCCAGCUCCAUGAUGGAACCAUCAGAAAGGCCACUGAGUGGCUGGACGCACCAGGAAGUGGAAAUUCAAAUUGGUCCCCAAUCAGAUCCGAGCAGGGGGUGGAGGCCUGGAGACAGGAGUGUGGCCCUUGCACCCAUCCCCCCAGCCCUAUCCUUCCUUCUCCUCUUGCCACUGGCCAGUGCCCUACAGCCCACCCCACUGCCCUUUCCAGAACUGAGGCUGGUGGGGGGUCCAAGCCGCUGCCGGGGUCGCCUGGAGGUCCUGCAUGGUGGCUCCUGGGGCAGCGUCUGUGACGACGACUGGGACGUGGUAGACGCCAAUGUGGUAUGUCGUCAGCUGGGCUGCGGCCUGGCGCUGCCUGUGCCGCGGCCCCUUGCCUUUGGCCAGGGCCGAGGCCCCAUCCUGCUGGACAACGUGGACUGCAGGGGACAGGAAGCUGCUCUGAGCGAGUGCGGCAGCCGAGGCUGGGGAGUCCACAACUGCUUUCACUACGAGGAUGUGGCUGUCCUGUGUGAUGAGUUCUUGCCCUCGCAGCGCCCAACAAAGAAAGUGUUAACCACUAUGGUGCCCCCUACAACUCCCAGGAAUGGGAAUGGUGAGGGCAGUGUGCGCCUGGUUGGGGGCGCGGGCCCGUGUCAGGGCCGAGUGGAGAUCCUGCAUAGCGGCCUGUGGGGCACCGUGUGCGACGAUGACUGGGGACUGCCAGAUGCUACCGUGGUCUGCCGCCAGUUGGGCUGCGGGGAGGCGCUGGCCGCCACCACUAACGCCUUCUUCGGCUAUGGCACGGGACACAUCAUGCUAGACAACGUGCACUGCGAAGGCGGCGAGCCCCGCCUGGCUGCUUGCCUGAGCCUGGGCUGGGGUGUGCACAACUGUGGCCACCACGAGGACGCUGGAGUGCUUUGCGCAGUUUUAGGCCCCCCGACUCUCACAGCACUGCCACCCUCAGCCACAAGAGGGGACUGGGCCUGGCGCACAGAGCCAGAGGCUACAAGACUUGGUGUCCUCCCUUCCAGAGAGACAGCACUGUUCACCACUGCCUCCUGGGCCGCGGGGAAGAAAAGCGGGAGGCUGCGGCUGGUGGGCGGCCCCGGGCCUUGCCGUGGCCGUGUGGAGGUUAUGUACGCCGGGGGCUGGGGCACCGUGUGCGAUGAUGACUGGGAUUUCGCGGAUGCGCGCGUGGCCUGCCGCGAAGCGGGAUGCGGUCCUGCGCUGGGCGCCACGGGCCUUGGACACUUCGGCUACGGCCGUGGCCCAGUGCUGCUGGACAACGUGGGCUGUACGGGCACAGAAGCCCGCCUGAGCGACUGCUUCCACCUGGGUUGGGGUCAGCACAACUGUGGCCACCACGAGGAUGCGGGAGCGCUCUGCUCAGGCCCAGAGGAGCUAGGACUACAAGUCCAGCAGGAUGGUUUUGAGACCACCCGAGUUCCCACUCCUCGGCCCAGGGACGCUUCUAGAAGCAGCCUGCAUUCCACGCCUGCUCAAGACUUCUUUCCAGCCAGCAAUUACGUCAUUCUGACUGCUGCUUCUACCAUCUCGACCUCCUCUCCCGAUUCUUCUGCCUCCCUUUUCCAUCCUCAUUUUCUUGUGAUUAUGUUAGACCCACCUGGAUAAUCCAGGAUAAUCUCUCCAUCUCAAGGUCUUUAAUUAAAUUACAUCUGCAUAAUUCCUUCAGCCAUGCAAAGUAACCCAUUCAGGAGCUCCAGAGAUCAGAAUGUGGACAUCUUUGAGGGGCCAUUCUUUUGCCUCCCACAGGCUCUAAACCUGGGUUCUGGCUCCCGGCCAAGAGGGAGGCAGACACUUCAGCUCCAAAUUCCAUCUGCUCUUGGCAGUAAUGGCUUUGUCUCCAUUUGUUAGGGAGCUCCCUGAGACCCACCAUGUCAUUGGAGAGAUGAGGGCUGAAGGGAAAAAAGGAAUGAAAAUGCUUAAGAAUUCAGGGAGUCAGACAGGGAUGCUCUGGGCACCCACAGCACCCACAUCCGAACCCAGCAUACCCAGAUGCUGCUUAGCUUGUGGUCAUAGCCACUCCAGCCAAACCCAUGUCUGAACAUGCCUCUCCUUUGUCGGAAAUGUCACAGCUUCCCACCCCUUGGGUCCCCUUUCCCAUCUAAACCAAGUGCUUUUCUUGAUGAUCUCUCACUUGACUCUCAUAGCAGCUCUGUGAGGGAAGUGGGUAUCGUCCCUUUUUACUGACAGGGAACACUGAGGCUCGGAGAGGAGAAAUGACUUGUCCAGGUUUGUAUAGUGGACCCAGGACUAGAACCUCAGAUUCCUGAUGCCCGCUAAUAUUGGUCAUGAACGUAUCUGGUUCUCCCCUUUCCUGGCACAUGGUAGCUUUGCAUCCCCCUGUCCUCUUGAAGUGAGGUGUGGCCCUAUGACAUACUUUGGCCAGUGAAAUGUGAAUGGAAGUGUCUCCCCAGGCAGAAGCCUUCAAAAACUGAAACACAAUUGCCAAGUUUCCUGUCUUCAGGGUGACCAGUGACCUUCCAGGUGAUGGAGGCUCCAUCAACCUGUGCCCCUAAGUGAGUGCCACCUGGGGCAAAGUCUUCAUUGACUCAAGAUGGACAUAGAGAGUGAGUGAGAAAUAAAUCUUUGCCGUUGUAAACCACCGAGAGUGGGGGCUGUCCGUCAGAGCAGCCUAACCUACCUAGCCCGUGCUGACUGAGACCUCCCUCUGGGGUUAGCUGAAACCUGUUCUCCAGCCAGUUACUCAGGCUGGUUCUGGUCACAGUUUUAUUCAGCACUUUUGGUGUUCUGUGUGCAAGGGCUUAGUGGGACUGGAAGCACACAGCUAAAUAAGACAGGGCUUUUCCCCUCAAGAAACUCAUGGAAUAAUCCAACAAUGACUUGCAUACCCUGUAAACUCCUGAAACUCAGCCUGUCCCACUCAGAAUUUUGUCACCCGCACCUACAUCUGGAUUUCCCUGUUUAGUAUCACUACCCACUGUUAGCUUAAUCUAGAAACCUGGGUAUUAACCCCAACAACCCACGCAAAACAUAAUUGACUGUUAAAACCUAUUGACUGUAUUUCCCAAAUCCUGCUGGAAUCUAUGCACAUUUCUCCAUCCCCAUGUUUUGGACUCCGAGCACAAGCGUGGGUUCAGCGACAGAGGGCAGCCAGGAGAACAGACUAUGCUAGCCGGACAGGGACAAUAUGGAUUGAACAAACGGCACAGAAUUUUUGGACACUGGUCUUUGUACUGGGCUUGAUAAAGACAAGUUUGGACUUUUUUCACGGCGGGACAGACAGCUAUGAGGCAUUAGGAACUUUGGGCAGCCUUGCAUUUCAACCACGGUAAAUCUUACCACAUCCUCCCCUGUGUGGGUCCCCAGAGUGCUCUUCUUGUGAGUCUGUGAAAGGACCCCAUUUUCACCGGCAGCACUACCACAGCUUCUUCACUGUCUUCCUGCCUGUCUCGUAACCCAUUCCCCAUAUCACGAGAGUUGUCUCGUGUUUACCAGUUUGAGGGUGCCACUCCCCUGCUCAAACCCCUUCCUGUCUUCUUCGCUGUCAUCUUCCUGUCUCCCAGCCCAUUCCUCAUACCACAGUGAGCUAAUGUUUACAAAUCUGAUGGUGCCACUCCCCUGCUCAAACCCCUUUUAUGGUCCCCUGGUGCUCUUCCUCAACUCCUUAGCUCAGUUUACAAGGUCCUGCACAGUCUGGCUCUGCCUGUGUUUUCGGCAUCAUCCCUCCCCACUCCCGCUGCCAGGAUCUAGCCAGGUUGAACUACUUUCAAUUCCUCUAAUGUCUGGGCUGUCUUCCCACCAAGCCUCUGCACAUGCUGUUCUCUCUGCCUGGAAUAGGCGUCACCCUCUCUCCUCCUUCCCCUCAGUCAACUCUUAUUUAGCCUCAUGUCUUGGCUUUCAUUUUUUCCAGAGGCCUCCACUAAGACCACUCACUGGGAACCCACACUGCACCCUGUACCACCCCAGUGACCCCACUCACCCCUGAGUCUCAGGAGACUGCUAACUUGGCUGCACCCUCCGCUAACCCAGGGGGCCUUGGAGGGCUGGGUCUGGGUUUGUUGUGCCCAACUUUGUACACAGGCUCUCACACACAGUAGGUGCUCAGGUAAUAUUUGUCAAGUAGGACAUAAGCAGACAGUUCUGGAGCACCUGUGUGGUAGGCCAAGUGCCAUGCUGGGCUCUGGGGCUGUAGAGCAAGAAGAGAUGUAGACCAGGUUUCAGUUUGCACAGCACAGAGAUUACCUUCAAGAGAAGAUUGAUGAUAAGGCAUUAAAUCAAUAGCCAAGAGAAUUGGACCUGCUGAUUAGUUCUAUAAAAAACAUAAAGUAGGGUAUUGUGGCAGGAAUUGGGUGGUCAGGCAAGGCCUCUGAGUAGGUGAGGUUUGAGCCAGGCCUCAGUAGUGGGAGGGACCUGACCAUGAACUUUUGGCUAUUCCAGGUCCUUCAGGGGGGGGUUAGCCUGACCUGCAGAAGGACCAGUGAGAAGGGCAUUGUGAUUGGAGCAAAAAGGCUCAUGCUGAAAUGAGUCAGAAAAGCUGGGAAGCACCAGACCACUCAGGGCUUUCUGCGCCAUGGGAGGAGUUUUAUGGAAGGGUGAUGAGAAUCCAUUAGAAAAUGAAUGAUAGAUAUGCCCCAGAUGUCAGAUGAUUUGAAGCAAGGGCCCAACAUGCAACUGAAAUUUUAAAAUUAGAUACCCUG